CCGCCAUAUUUUUCUAGAACGUAAGCGACCUUUUUUCGUUUUUUUUUUACCGCCAUUUGUGCCCAGGCGAUUUCUGUGUUGGACGGCGAAGCAGCGAUCGAGAAUUGUUUUGUUUCUUCUGAAAAAAACAAGCGAAACAGAAACAAAGAAAGAAAGUAACAAAUCAAAGAAAUACACCGUCUGUAUUAUGCAAUUAUAUUACUAUAUCAUCAGGCAGAAUGUACAUUAAACAGGUAAUUAUCCAGGGUUUCCGGAGUUACCGAGACCAAACUGUAGUGGAACCCUUUAGUUCCAGGCAUAAUGUUAUUGUGGGCAGAAAUGGAUCUGGAAAAAGCAAUUUCUUCUAUGCAAUUCAGUUUGUCCUGUCGGAUGAAUUUAGUCACCUGCGACCUGAACAACGACAAGCUUUGCUUCAUGAAGGCACUGGGCCAAGAGUCAUCUCGGCUUUUGUGGAAAUCAUAUUUGACAAUUCUGAUAAUAGGAUUCCAAUUGAUAAGGAUGAAGUUGUUCUACGUCGUGUUAUUGGUUCAAAGAAAGACCAGUAUUUUUUAGACAAGAAAAUGGUCACCAAAACCGAUGUAAUGAAUCUCCUUGAAAGUGCUGGCUUCUCUCGAAGUAACCCAUACUAUAUUGUCAAACAAGGAAAGAUCAAUCAGAUGGCAACUGCUCCAGAUUCUCAUCGUCUGAAGUUGUUGAGAGAAGUUGCUGGUACUCGAGUGUAUGAUGAGCGCAAGGAAGAAAGUAAAGGAAUCCUACGAGAAACAGAGGGAAAACGAGAAAAAAUCAAUGAUCUGCUCAAGUACAUAGAAGAACGACUGAAGACACUGGAGGAGGAGAAGGAAGAGUUGAAGGAAUAUCAAAAGUGGGACAAGAUGAGAAGGUCCCUAGAAUACACCAUCCAUGACCAUGAACUGAGAGAUACUAGGAAGAAGUUGGAUGAGUUGCAAGAAAAGCGGGAAAACAGUGGAAAGGUCAGCCAGAAGCUGCGUGAUAACCAACAGCAAGCUAAUGACCAAGUGAAAUCCAUCAAUAAAGAACUGCGUGACUUGAAGUCUCGCAUGCAGAGCAUCCUGGAGGAGAAGGAAACACUGUCCCAUGAGCACCAGGACCUGAUGAAGAAAAGGGCCAAGCUUGAGCUGACCAUCAAAGACAUAAUGGAAGACAUAGAAGGCGAGAAGAAACUGAAGAAAAAGACUGAAGAUGACCUGCGGAAGAUAGAUGAGAAAAUAAUUCGUGGUGAAGAAUCUCUUGAAAACAUCAUCCCUAUGUAUGAGGCACAGAAAAAUCGUGAGGAAAAUGCAGCUCAACAACUUCUUUUGGCUGAACAAAGGAGGAAAGAGUUAUAUGCUAAGCAGGGACGCGGUAACCAGUUCACAUCAAGGGAGGAGAGAGAUGCUUGGAUUAAAAAAGAGCUGAGAUCUCUAAACAAAGCCAUUAGGGAUAAAGAAGACCAGAUCCGUCGUUUGGAAGAUGAUUUGGAAGGUGACAAGAAAAAAGCUUCGGAGCUCGAUGUAAAAGUUAAGGAGAUCACAAAUAAGAUUGAACAAAACAAAGAGAUUAUUGAGCAAAAUAACAAAACCUUCUUUGAUAUGAAGAAGAAAAAAGACCAAUCUCAAAAUGAACGCAAUUCUUUGUGGCGCCAAGAGAAUAUCCUUCAACAAGAACUUCAGUCUGCACGAGAAGACCUUAACAAGAAAGAGCAAGCUCUGAGGUCAAUAACUGGCAAGGCAAUCCUGAAUGGUAUGGACGCUGUCCAGAAAGUUCUAGACGCUUUCAAAGCUCAAGGCAAAUACAGUGACUUGAUUAAUGGUUACUAUGGUGUGCUCAUUGAGAACUUUGACUGCGACAAGACAUUUUUUACUUGUGUGGAGGUUACUGCUGGUAACAGAUUGUUUCACCACAUAGUGGACACAGAUAGAACAGGUACUCGAAUUCUACAGGAAAUGAACAGGUUAAAGUUACCAGGUGAGGUAACAUUUAUGCCAUUGAACCGAUUGGAUGGCCGAGACACCGAGUACCCUGAGAGUAAUGAUGCCAUCCCAAUGAUCAGUAAAAUGAUGUUUGAGAAGAAGUUUGACCGUGCCAUUAAACAUGUCUUUGGGAAGGUUAUGAUAUGCCGAAGUAUAGAAGUUGCCACUCAGAUUGCAAGGACUCAGAACCUUGAUUGUAUCACUUUGGAUGGUGACCAAGUGAGUAGGCGGGGAGCUCUAACCGGAGGGUUCUACGACACCCGUAGAUCCCGUCUCGAUCUGCAAAAGAGCAAGUGUGAGUUACUAAACAAGGUAGAAACACAGAAUGAAGAAUAUAAAGAACAUAAGAAGAAACUUGAACAGAUUGAAAGUCAAAUUAACAGCCUUGUCAGUGAAAUGCAGAAGAAUGAGACCAAAAACAGCAAAAACAAAGAUACAUUUGAUAAGAUGCGUGCAGAUGUACGGCUUAUGAAAGAAGAAUUGCAAGCGAUUGAAAAAUCUCGAGGACCAAAAGAAAAAAGUAUUGCCAGUUUGCACACAAACCUGGAGGCUAUGAAGGGGUCAGCUCAGUCACUAAAUGAAGAACUUGGCUCUGAUCUGCUUUCCCAACUUAGUGUUGAGGACCAAAGAGAAGUAGACUAUCUCAAUGACCAGAUCAAGACAUUGACCACUCAGAAUAAAGAGGCCUUCCAAGAGAGAAUCAGGUUGGAAGGAGAGAAAAAUCGGCAAGACCAUCUGCUAAACAAUAAUUUAAAGAAGAAGCGAGAACGUCUUCUAUUAGAGAUGCAAGAACAGUCAAAUAAUGAUCGACGGGAGAAACUGGAGUCUUUGAACUCCGAUCAGCUUGGAGUUGACUCUCGUGUUACAUCCAACCGGAAGAGUGGCAAAGAGCUUGAUGACCAAUUGGAGAAAAUGAACAAAGAACAAAAAGAAUUGCAGAACAAACUGGAAUACUGGAAGGGCCAGGAACGAGAACAACAAGAAAGAAUCAAUGAAGAUGCAAAAGAGUUGGAAAAGAUGACCAACAAACAGAGUUUAUUGCUGAAAAAGAAAGACGAGUGUAUGAGGAAAAUCCGGGAGUUGGGCUCCCUCCCCAGUGACGCGUUUGAUAAAUAUCAAGAUCUUAGUUUAAAGCAGUUGUUUAAAAAGCUGGAACAAUGUAACCAGGAACUAAAGAAAUACAGUCAUGUCAACAAAAAAGCCUUGGACCAGUUUAUCAACUUCUCUGACCAGAAAGAGAAACUGAUGAAGAGGAAAGAUGAACUAGAUAGUGCGCACAAGUCAAUCCUUGAUUUGAUGAAUGCUUUGGAUCACCGCAAGUAUGAGGCCAUCCAACUUACUUUCAAACAGGUAUCCAAAUAUUUUACAGAAAUCUUCAAGAAGCUUGUGCCUCAAGGGCAUGCUGUGUUGGUUAUGAGAAAAGGAGAUCAAGAACAUCAUGAAAAUGAAGACAGCCAGCAGUCUGGUGCUGAUGUACCUCUGGUGGAACAGUUUACAGGUGUUGGUAUCAAGGUGUCUUUUACGGGCAACAAAGCUGAAAUGCGUGAUAUGCAGCAGUUAUCAGGGGGCCAGAAAUCACUGGUGGCCCUCACACUGAUUUUUGCCAUCCAAAAGUGUGACCCUGCCCCCUUUUAUCUUUUUGAUGAAAUUGACCAAGCUUUAGAUGCCCAGCAUCGUAAAGCUGUCGCAGACAUGAUCCAUGAAUUAUCAUCAAACGCCCAAUUCAUCACCACCACAUUCCGACCUGAAUUGCUGGAACACUCAGACAAAUUCUACGGAGUUAAAUUCCGAAACAAGGUUAGCCAUGUUGAUUGUGUCACACGUGAAGAGGCACACAACUUUGUAGAGGAUGAUGCAACACGUGGCUGAAGAACAACUUAUAUUUUCUGACAGUGUGAGAGGAGGCAAGGGUGUGUCAAAGGGACAAAUGGACAAUACUACUACUACUACUACCACCACCACCACAACCAUCACCAUAACCACAUUUGCUAACUUUCACCUCACACCUCAGUGCAUCUCAUCAUUUACCAUUUCAUAUUUAACAUUUUAAUAUUUUUUGUUCAAACUUGUAAGCAAAACUUUUUCACAUUGACCUGUAAAGCCAAAACAUGUCAGUGUGUGUGUGUGUGUGAGCCUGAGCCUAUGAGUCUGUGUAUGUAUAUAUAUAUAUAUAGAUAUACAUUCAGUGUGUUUGUGUUGUGUGUGUAUAUUUGGCCAUUUGUUUAACAUUUGUUUUUCCAUGUUAGCAAGGGUUUGGAUGAAGAGUUAGUUUAGGUAGGAUUUUGUGGGUGUGUAUAGGUAAUAUACAUGUAGGUAUAUACAUGUAGGUAAUAUACAUGUAGGCAUCUAUGUUUGAAUGGGUUACCUAGAAAGUUACAUAGCCUACCCAUACUUGUUUCUCAAGUAAGGGAUUUUCUUUAAAAAAAAACACUUCAAAAAUUAGUGAUGGUAAGAAAUCAGGCAAAUACAAGAGGAAUUUGUGAUGGCAUGAAUUCCAAAUCUGAUUGUUGUGCAUAUAUGUAUGUAUAUAUAUGCACAUAUGAAGACAUGCACAUCUAUAUUUGUACGUAAGGAUAUUUAUCCAAAUUUGUAUUUACCCAUAUCUGUGUAUGUUUCUCUGUAUAUACACAUAGAUACAAAUAAGUGCAGUAAUGCUUGCAUGAGUAGGGAGAUUAAUUCACAAUCACAAUAUUUCAGGCUUGGUCUACAUGAGUGGCACAUUGGGUACAUGUCUCUCUCUUCGAAAGCUGCUGGCAGACUAAUGCCUUGAAUAUGCAGGAAGCUCACAUUCCUGCAUUUAGGUAACCCUUACCAAAUGUAUUGAGUGCCACUUCCUUUCAUUAAUUCACUCACUUGCGCACACACACACACACACACACACACACAUGACAUAAACACUCACAUGUUUUCACAUUCUGACUCCUUGCAUGAAAUUUGGUAAUAUUUGUUGGAAUUUCAUUUGUACAAAUCAUUUCAAGGAUCUGUAUUUCACAAAAUGAGUAGAAAGAUAAAUUCAUAACUUGAAAAACAGCUUAGGGAUUGUGGCCAGAAGGGCAUUGGACAGUGACAAUAACAUCUCAAUAUAUUUUCAUCUAGAUCAGGUUAAGAUUGAAAGAAAUGUAACACAGAUGAACAAUGUGUGUGUGUGUGUGUAUAUAUAUAUAUGUGUAUAUGUAUGUAUGUGGAGCGCUCAGCCACUUGCAUGUUAAUUUCAAUUCAUUGUUGUAACCGACAAGAGUGCCAGUUACAUAUGUAGAUGAGUGUAUAUUUAGGUAUAUUAUGUGAGUGUGUAUGUAUAUGCACACACACACACACACACACACACAUAUAUAUAUAUACACAGGAUGGGCCAAAAAUCAACUCAUUUAAUAUAUAUUGGACAUUUACGGUAGUGAACUGGCAUGCCAGGCGAAAUGCUUAGUGGCAUUUCAUCUGUCCUUAUGUUCUUAGUUCAAAUUCUGCCAAGGUCGACUUGACCUUCCAUUCUUUUGGGGUCAAUAAAUUAAGUACCAGUUAUCUAUUAGGGUUGAUGUAAUUGACUUAACUCUUCUGAAAUUGCUGGCCUUAUGCCAGGAUUUGAAAGCAAUAUAUAUUGCACAUUUCCAAAAAAACAACACUUUCAUUUCAAGGCAGAAAAACAUUCGAAAAUGUCAACAGUUUGAUCACAAGUGUUGAAAAUGUUUGAAAUGUUUGCAGCUUUUAUUAUAUGUUGCAUUGUUGUAUGAAGAAUACCACACUAUUUUGAAGCUUGUUUAUGACAAAUACACAUACACGGCAGCCACUUUGGGUAGUUGUCGUGCACCACUGCCUGUUGCAUGGAGUCGAUCAACUGUUGUGUGCUGAUGUGACUUUUCCAGGAGGUUUUUGGUUGAAAGUGUCAGCAAUGGUUCUAUUUGUUGCACACUCACAACCAAACAGAGAAGUAAGUUCAAUACGCUCAAGAAUUGUCAAAGACAUGCAUCAAUUUUUCUAAAAUUGAAUAAAAAAAAUAAAAUAAUGAAUACAUAUGUACUUGUACAUGAGGAACAAAAUGAAUGUGUUUUGGUACGUGACCUUUGGCCCACCCUGUAUAUGUGCACACACGCAUGUAUAUGUGUGUGCAUAAUAUAUUUAUGUGUGUUUGUGUAUGUAUAUGUGUCAUAUAUAUAUAUUAUAUACACAACACACACAUAUACAUUUACAUAUAUAUAUAUAUUUACACAUAUAAGCCUACAUAUACAUACACAUAUGUGUAUGUAUAUACAUGCAUGUAGAUGUGUGUGUGUGUGUAUAUAUAUAUAUAUAUAUAUAUAUAUAUAUAUAUAUAUAUAUGUUCAACUUUUACAAGAGGGUCACAGUGUCUUUGAGGUUUCAGCCUGCUAUUUGUUGUCUGGUUGUCCGAUAAGGACUAACAGGCCAAAACUUUGAAGUUGCUGUCACUCCUCUUUUACUAGGAGUUGAAUAAAUAUGUUCUCCAUGGAAAGUAUUGACUAAUUCUUUAGUUUGAUGUUAAAUUGAUUUUAUUACAAUAUAAAAAAAAGAUAUUUCUGUAACUCCUGCUACCUUAAGCUAAAGCAAGCAAUUUUGAAGAUGAAAACUCUGGAACUGAGGUUUGCUGCAUGUAGCAUGUAUUUAGCUUGUUUUCAACUGUCUGUCAUAAAAUCAAGUAUUUCUAUUAA